AUGGAUUCUGUGCGGCAGGCGGUCAGCCGGACGGCGCUGGGCCUGGCGGAGUACAUUACACCAGUGCUGCGUCAGUCCAAGUUUCGGGAAACUGGCGUGAUUACGCCGGAGGAAUUUGUUGUCGCUGGUGACUUCCUGGUCCACCACUGUCCUACCUGGCAGUGGUCCGGGGGCGAGCCUGCACGUGCGCGCUCCUACCUACCUCCAAACAAACAGUACCUCGUUACUAAGGGCGUUCCAUGUUAUCGGCGAGUCUCCCAUCUGACCCCCAAGAAUGCCGACUGUGAACGGAUUGUUGAGGAGAGGGAUGCAGAUGGCGGCUGGGUGGACACCUUUUUCAUGUCUGACAAUGACAGUAAGCGCGCUUCCUCUUUCUUCUUUUUACCGACGCACGAACUAACUGUGAUGAAACUCUUAAUUUCAUAUAAUCUGCUUUACAUCUAAAGCUUACACCGCUUCCUCGCUAUGAUAGCAACAGAAUUCAGUGAGUUUCUCUCGCGAAACCGGACGCUGUCCUCGAUGCCCCUUACUCAUCGGCUGAGAAGUCGUCCGAGGGCGACACGACUGGAAGUUCGGGUUUUCCUGUCGAUAGCAGAGCAUAACGCAGAUUUAUACGGGGACCAUUUCGAAAAGCAAGGCAGGGCUAGUCGCCCAUUUUCUGUUUUACGCCUAUUGUCUCUUGGAAAAGCAGUUUAUGGCGCCGUCCGUUCAAGUAAGGGCAAACGCACUUUUACAAUAGGUCUCAACAUCAUUCCAACCAAAUAAGACGUCAGGAGCACUGAUGUGGCGGGCUUUUGGAAACGCUCCCUUUCGGGGCAACUUAUCCACGAUCCCCACGCCGGUACCAUCUCUGGAGCGAAUAAUCGAGCGUGCUCAUUUUCAUUCAUUUUUUUGCAAUAGAACCCGCGUCAGAUCUACCCGAGGACAUACCCUACAAUAUAAAAGCUGGCGACGGCACUGCGGAUAGUGGGACAUCACAAUUUGGCGCUAAUUCCGGUGAAUGUGAUGAUGACGAUGAUGAGGAGGCUGAGGAUAUGGAAGCCUUUAUCCAGAGUGGAAUGCUCGACGAGGUAAGCUUGGCUUGCCGUCUAAUGUGGACUUUUUGACUUUCUUCUCUCGUUUCUUCUUCUUCUUUCUGUCCUCCUCCCCCCAUCCUCCUCCUCCUCCUCCUCCUCCUCCUCCUCCUCAUCAUCAUCAUCAUCAUCAUCAUCAUCAUCAUCAUCAUCAUCAUCAUCAUCAUCAUCAUCAUCAUCAUCAUCACCACCACCACCAUUCUCACCUCAACGGCGAUGAGAACGACAGAAAAGAGGUUGAGCGGCCUCAUUGUUAGCACUGUUUAGUGACAUUAUAUGCAGUAACUGAGCUGACGUCAAGUCUCCAUCUAACGCGUGACACGCAUGACAGCAUCACGAUCUGCAACUGACUACCUGACAGGAACUGUUGUCGAAGCAAAAGGGAUUGCAGUGGUCGCGCUACGCGCUGCGAAAUAGCCAUCAAAUGUGGCGGGCGGUUUGUAUAUUUGAUACCACGUCAUCAGCGCUGGUUUUGUAUACAUGAGAAUCUGACUUUCAUUCAAGAAUCCAUUGGCUUCGGUGGAAUACAGCAAACGAUUUCGAAAAGACACGAAACAAACAUCUGGAUUGUUUUGCAAAGUGCCCGCGGACGCUUCAAAUUCCUGCGUCAGUGGAUACUUGCAAGUUCAACGGCGUUAGCCACUCGGUUAGCUAACUCAACCUUUCGCUCAUAGAGGAGUUCUUUCAAGCUCUCUAGCCACCAUGGCCCAAGAUGAGCCCGACGAUGUACAAACUCAUGCCACUGCCCCUGCCCCCUGGUCUCGGACUAGAUCAUAAUCCUUCUCCCCUGUUUGGAAGGUUCAGACAACCCACAACGCCCCUUUCCUUCAUCACCUGUGCAAUUUGAUGUCUUUUGAUCUUCACAUUUUCCUGCCCUGCUGUGACAUACAGUAGAUGUGAUAACUUAUGAAAUUUUAAGAGUUUCAAAAAAACCCAAAGCGCAAACCCCGCCCACGCUGUGUCCUCCAAGGUUUUACAGCAAUAAGGAGACGACGAUUAUUGAAAAAUACAUAGUUUUGGUCUAAAAACUAGUACUUUCUAGCAUAAAAGCAAUUAAUUUUCGCAGAAAACUAGAAUUUCUCUGGACUUUAUUACAAUUCCCUAGCUAUAAGGAUGCAUAAUGGAGACGCACGAAAAGUGGAGAGUAAUGAAAAAUAAUAACAAAUACGAAAACUCAGUGUUUUGUUAACUGUCCAUUUGCGUCUAACGCAGCGGAAAGUCUCUUAGAGACGGAAAUAGCCUAUAGUUGAUUGUUUAAUAUAAUUAUCUAAUAUAAAAUGGAACUUUUCUUGCAUUGAAAGAUUGUUCUUUGCCUUUUACCCUUUUCUUUUGAUAAGCGCAAGAAUUUUUUUAGAUAAUAUUAAAAUUUGAACUGUUGACGGGAAUAAAAAUCGAUCGGAGGCCGAAUACGGAGGGACUGGCUGUUGUCUAGAGAGUUAGGUUAUAAUUGAAAGCAUUAUCAGAUUCGUACCUUCUUAGAGCGAUGGGCAGGGGCAUUAUCAUGUGAAAUUAUGGUAUCCAUUCGGCGUCGGUGGAUGUCAUAACCGAAGGCAUCUUUCACAAUAUCGACGAAGGCCUUGCUGUUGAAGGUCUACGUAGUCGACCGCCAGACUGGCCGGUCUCCGAAUUUGGUAACUAUCCAAACCAUCAAUCGUCGACAGUUCUCGAAGACUACCGUCGGCGCGGUGUGUUCCCUUGGAAGGUCCUUUCCGCCUACAACAAUUUGGGCUGGCUUCGUAGGCUUGCUUAAAAACAAGACCUAAUAGCAGAAGUAGAUUCCCUUUCAGGCUGAGGGCCUGUAAUCAGUGCACUUCUUGGUAAGCAAAAAACGUUUCGUACUUAAGAACGGCCUGAUUGUGGCCUUCUGCUGGUAAAGUUCAAAUUCCUGCAUCCUCUUCUUAUUUAUGUCCGUAGAGAGCAUAGGCAGAUAGAGAUGAGUGGUCUUAAUGUGCGGCGAAUAAAAUCGUCGUGUUUCUUGCUUGUGGACUAUUUUGGUCUGCCCAGCUUAUUUCUGGGCGUGGUCCUAUCAUUAAUAAUCUGCUAAAUAGCGAUCUUACUCACAUUGAAGAUGCCUGCUAGUGAUACACGCGCCAGCCCUUCCGCUGCUAAUUUCCAUUUUCGUCCGUAGUCGAAAGUUGUCUUGACGUCUUUGUCGCACGGCCUAGUAAUUCUCGUUGUAGUAAAGCAACCUGCCGUCAAUAAAGUUUAUUAUUGGGUGUUAUGACACAAAACGCCAAAAAUGUGCAAAACAGGAUUUUUAAAGCUGAAUCUACUCCUCUUUUCUUGAAAGCAAUGCGAUUUUUCAUUCCUGCCUUCACCUGAUUUCAGUGGACGUAAAAUCCUAUAUUCUGCUUUUGUAAGGGAUUUAUUUCAUACAUUUGUUGUUUACAUUAAUGCGCACAAACAUGUAGUUUUGACCGGUGAGUUUCAAGAGCGUAGGCAAUUAUUUGGAUAUCAAGAAGGGUCGAAUUUCACCCAAAUACUGUCGAGUUGAGGUGGAUUCUUCUUUAGUAAAUAGCCUUCUGUGCCUCAAAUCAAUUCAGCGAACAUGAAUAACAGCAUCAACUGUAUGACAUAAUAUCCACUGAAAUUUAGAUAACUUCCCAUGAGUUAGGUCGUGUACUGCAUGCUGAUGAUGAGUCACCGAUAACGAGCGUUUACGGACUUGCUUAGUCCCUUUAUUUUCAUGGGUAUCGUCGCCGAAUUGGCGUUCUCUACUCCGUUCUACUGCUCAAAUCGUAUAAAUUGAGUUGGCCUCACUUAAACCCAUCGACUCCAUUCCCCACGUCAGCAACUACAUUUGUUUCCCCAGCAUACUGCUGCCUCAUCAACUUCCCCCCUUCCAUCGUUUGGGUCCCCUGCCUGAUGAUUUCUUUCUUGCCACUACCUAGUCGGUCCGUUGUAACCACACCCUUAUUGCUUGUCCUUCCUCGUCUUCCACAGGCUGAUGCACAAACAGUGGCCAGUAGGAUCCGAAAAAACCCCGCGUCCUCGGAUCAGCCCUCCACUGCCGACAACACCGAUGGCAUUCUGCAGACUCGUACCUACGACUUGUACAUAACCUAUGACAAGUACUAUCAGACGGCCCGCCUCUGGCUGUAUGGCUACGACGAACAACACAAACCACUCUCUGAGGCUGACAUGUACGCCGAUUUUAGGUGAGUUCCAUACAUGGGCGUAAGAAAGACCUAUAGCUGACUAACAUGCCUGCUAUCUACGUAAGUGCGACUGAUUAAGAGGUGGGUGUGAGGAGGGGUAUGUAUAUUAUUGACGAUUGUUUCUGGGAUGCAGGAACUAGCUUCUCCCGCCACAGACGCCCCCUUUCCAACCUUGGAACUCCGACUGAGGGGCCUCACAGGCUCUGUGGUCGACCUAGUUGGACGCUCACAUGAGAGAGUGAGAACCACCAGCCGACAACCAUCUCGCAGCGUUUUUUCUCACCCACAAUGUUCCCAUGACAAGACAUUGCCAAGACGACGGGUGGCGAGCACGGCCGAUGAAACCUAGCAAUCCGUCUACGCGGACCACACGUCCGACCAGGUUCCCGCUCCAAAUGUACCAGACCACUGUGUAGUGGCUUGGGUUUCACAUGCGUGAGAAUUUCGCAGGUAAAACAGCGAAGACGGCAGAAGCAGACAGGACGCUGUGGUAGCUGCUGCUGCUGCUGCUGCUGGUCGAGGUGGUAUGCACUUUCACAGUCUGUCCACAAAGGACGGUUGGGUCAUUUUCCGUCUAGGUGUGUGUAUAUUACUCUUCAAAAUGCUUGUACCCCUUUAGGUGAUUAGCUUAUUUUUCUAAACACUGCCUUCACGCAGUCGUCUUGAGCAGUGUUAACCCCCCCGCCCCCCAUCUCCGUCCUCCCUUGACUUCUUUAGCCAGGACCAUGCCAAGAAAACCGUGACGACGGAGUCGCAUCCGCAUCUAUCGGGCGCACCCAUGCCCUCCAUUCAUCCCUGCAAGCAGGCCGAUGUAAUUCGCAAGCUGAUGGAGACAAUGGCCGAGGGAGGCGCCGAACUGGGCGUCCACCAGUACCUCCUGAUCUUCCUGAAAUUUGUCCAGACUGUAAUACCUACCAUUGAAUAUGAUUACACGCGGAACUUUAAAAUCUCCUAA